ACAAAGCAAAUACUCAUCCACAACGCGAAAAUACGUUAUGUAUAGCGGAGUUACAUACACAGCUGCGAAAAAAACAAUUACAAUUGAAGAUCUGUUGAAAAGUGUUUCCGAUUCGGAUAUUUGAGCGUCUAAAAAUUCAUCAAUGAUAUGAACAUCGUCUAAUAGCCUCUCAUAUCCAGAUAUUUGAAACAAGAUAUGAUUUUCGUUCUCAGAGAAUCUGAUCAGGUUGCAGCGAAAACUGGAGAGAAAGAGAGAGAGUACACCUGAGGGUUUGUAUAUUGAUAAACCGUGAAUGAUCGAAUUGAAAUCAGAACAAAGCUUGGGGAAAUUGCGUCAUAAGAAUAAAUAAUUCCGAAGGAUAAGCAAAUUUGGGCUUGAUGAAAGUGGAGACUUAAGGCCCGUUUAAAAAUUUUUUAAGGUGCGUGCGCCUCAUCAAAAACAAAUCAAUGGCUAUCUUUGCCGCUGUCCUUUAUGCUCUUUUCUUACCUCUUCCUAUAAUCAUCUACUACUACCUCUACACUUCAAGAAAGAAGAGCUCAUCAUGCCCCGGGAAGGCGCUCCCGGAACCCUCGGGUUCGUGGCCUUUCGUGGGCCACCUUCCCGCCCUCGGAGGGGCGAGCACCCUCCUCCACCGAGCCCUGGGGGCCAUGGCCGACGCCCACGGCCCAGCCUUCGCCAUCAGGCUCGGGUCACACCGGGCGUUGGUCAUAAGCUCCCAGGACCUGGUCAGGGAGUGCUUCACCGCCAACGGCAGGGCCGUGGCCACCAGACCCUGGUCCCUGGCGACCAAGAUCAUGGGCUACGACCACGCCAUGUUCGGGUUCGCCCCGUACGGGGCCUACUGGCGGGACAUGAGGAAGGUGGCGGUGGUCGAGCUCCUCUCCCACCGCCAGCUCAACCUCCAGCGCCCUCUCCACGUGGCGGAGAUCGACGCUGUGGUCAGGGAGUUGUAUGGGAGGGGCGGGGGCGGUCCGGUCCGGGUGGAGAUGAAGGAGGUGAUGGGGGACUUGAUGAUGAACAUCGGAGUCAGGACGAUUGCGGGGAAGAGAUACGGUCGUGACGGCGGCGGAAGGGGCGGCGGCGCUGAGGAGGAGGAGGAGUCGAAAAGGGGUAAGAUUGCCAUGGCGGAGUUCCUUCACCUGGCGGGCCAGCUCUUCUUCUCUGACUUCAUUCCUUGGCUCGGAUGGUUGGAUGUCGUCAACGGAUCAACCCGUAGAAUGAAGAAGACGGCAAAGGAGUUGGACGAAGUGUUGGGGAAUUGGGUGAAAAGCCGGCGACAACAUAAGAUUGACGGCGAUGCCGAUGAUCACUGCACCAUAGAUGUCAUGUUGUCUUCCUUUGAAGAAAAUACCAAUCAUGGUCACAUUGACACUCUCAUCAAGGCCAAUUGCUUGAGUUUGUUCUUAGGAGCGACAGACACGGGGGGUUUCGACAAUAAUAUGGGCACUGUCUCAUCUCCUCAACGACAGAGAGGCUCUGAGGAAGGCGCAAGACGAGCUGGAGCUCCACGUGGGACUGCACCGCCAGGCGGACGCCUCCGACAUCCCGAAACUGGUCUACCUGAAUGCCGUGAUCAAGGAGACCCUCCGCCUCCGCCCCCCCGCCCCGCUCUCCGGCCCUCGGGAAGCCAUGGAGGACUUCACCCUGAGCGGUUUCCAUGUCCCUGCCGGCACUCGCCUCUUCGUCAACCUCUGGAAGCUGCACCGCGACCCCAGAGUUUGGUCCCACCCCUCCGAGUUUCGCCCCGAGAGAUUCUUGACGGAUCACAAGAGCUUGGACGUGAGGGGGCGCGACUUCGAAUUCAUCCCGUUUAGCUCGGGGAGGAGGAUGUGCCCCGGGGUGUCGUUCGCGAUGCAAGUUUUGCAUUUGGUUCUGGCUAAGCUACUCCACGGUUUUGAGCUCGGAACCGAAAUGGACUCGGAGGUAGACAUGACCGAGAGCCCGGGGCUAGUCAUGCCCAAAGCCGCGCCUCUCGAAGUGGUUCUUGCACCCAGGUUGCCCCCUCAAUGCUACUAGCUAGCUUGGUUCAUUCCAAGGAAAUCCAUUUGUAGCUACUAAAUAACUACACUAGUUAUAAGCAUUUGUCUACUAAAUAACUACUUGGUAAAUAAAGUGUUGGAUUUUAAUUGAACGCUACUUUAAUUUGUUCUUUAAGAUGUUCAACCCGCUCACAUAUGAUGUCAAAUGAAGCUGAUCUCGGACC